GUUCCGAUGUCGUGGGGGACUUCAUGCCUCAUGUUAUGUACUUGUAGUACUAGUAGUAGUUGGUAAAGAAUUGAUACUGAGGAUCCAUUAUGGCUUCGAAUGAAAAUGAGCAGGGGCAGACUUUGCCGGUGGAGGAUGUGAAUAAGACGGAGAGGAAGUUUUCUCACAAGAGCGCCAGCGAGUACUAUGAUCCGUGCCAGGACUUCGCGGACCGGAGUCUCAAGUGUAUGAGACGGAAUGGGUUUGAUAAGGAGAUGUGUGGGGAUUAUUUUCAAGCUUAUCGGGAUUGUAAGAAGACUUGGAUGACGCAGAAAAGAUUUGGCACUAGCCAGAAGUAACGAGAACCGUUACUCCCUUAUCGACUAUGUUCAGCCUCAAUCGCGCCGUUGGUUGUCAGCGCCGUGAUAUUAAACGAUUACUUUUCUAUCAGCGUUCUGAAAGCCGCGUUCCCGUCUCCAUGGUCCUGUCUCCGAUGAUGCUUAAUCCGGACUGAAAGGCAUGGAUAACGCCCAAAUCACACUUCUUGUCCAUCCGGCCAGGCCUAUGAGUUCUCUGCUCGAAUAGAUGCCCUUUCAACUACUCGAAUGUUGUCUGGGGACUCUGUCUGUUUGUCAUGGAUUGGGCUCUUUCUUGGUAUCCCGAUUGCUCGAGGGGCUAGACGAGAUGAUACUGUAUUUUUGAGCUAUCUGUAUACUACGAGUUGUACUUCAAUAUACCCCUUUCCUGUCACGGUUUCCUCGAGAAAUUUACUAUGUGC